AUGCUUUUAAAAAUAAUUAAAAAACUUCCUUGGCAUUUAGAACGUAUAAAAGAUAUAUGUUGGUCAUCAACUUUUCAUCGAUUUAUUUUAACAACAGAAAAUUAUGGUAUUUGUUUUGUUUAUGAAAAUACAAUUUCAUUACAUAAUGCAAAUUGUUUUAAACAAGAAAAAUUUCAUUCUUGUACAUGUUCUAAUACAUCUUUAUUUUUAACUGUUGGUGAUUAUGGUUCAUCAAUAAUGGAAUAA